GUGGUGGUGGGCUGCGGGACGAUAAGGUUCGGGUCCAGGUGUGCCAUGCGGACAAUGUGCUGAGAUUCCCCCCCUCUCUGCCUCAAAGGUGCAAGUGCAGACACACUCGGUGCUCGGUGUUCUGCUGAGUCACUCACGUCCUGCAUUAUUUAAGGGUGCCUGAUGCUUUUCUAGUGUGGAGAAUCCAUUCAUUCAGUGCCAAGUUUUAUGUCCUGAUAAACAACAUGGCCUCCACUGUUUUACUAUUCCUGGCCCUGUUCUCCUGCAUCUCCUUCACAGUGGCUGUUCUGUUUGGUGAGCCAAGAAUUUAUGGAGAUGAUGCCACCGGUUAUGGCCCCAUCUUUGAGGAGGAGCCUGUGGAUGUGGUUUACAACGAGGACUCACCCGACAAGAGAAUCUCCAUGAACUGCAGGGCACGGGCGAACCCUCCAGCUUCAUACAGGUGGCGUCGAGACAACUGGGAGAUCAAGCUGAUGGAGCAGCCGGAUGAGCACUACAGCCUGGUGGGGGGUAACCUGGUUAUCACCAACCCCAGACAGAAGAAACACGCUGGCACAUAUGUGUGCGUGGCCAGGAACAUCUACGGCACUGUCAUCAGCAAGGAGGCCAGGGUCAAGUUUGGAUUUGUGGAGGAGUUUUCUGAUGAGGAGAGAGAGUCGGUGUUUGUCAAACAAGGACAGGGAGCGGUUUUGUUGUGUGCCCCUCCAAAAGCUUGGCCGGAGGCGGUGACUUACCGUUGGAUCUUCAAUGAGUUCCCAGUGUUCCUGAACACAGAUCGCCGCCGCUUCGUCUCCCAGAGAACGGGAAACCUCUACAUUUCCAAGGUGGAAGCUCAGGACGCAGGAAACUACUCCUGCUAUGUUUCCAGUCCCAUCACUGGCAAAAGUGUCUUCUCCAAGUUCAUCCCACUCAUCCCUUUACCCACUGAAGAGGGUGAGGAAAGGAAGUACGCAGCGGACAUCAGGGUCAGAUUCCCAGAAACUACUGCCAUGCUGGCCUCUAAUAUUACAUUAGAGUGCUUUGCGCUGGGAAAUCCCAUCCCUCACAUUGUUUGGAGGAAGGUCGACGCCACAGAUCUCCCGCCAAAUCACGAGAUCAGCGAGUCAGGAGCUGUGCUUCAUUUGUACAAUGUACAGUACGAAGACGUUGGGGGGUAUGAGUGUGAGGCCAUCAACACCAAAGGGAAGGACUGGCACAAGGCCUGGCUCUAUGUGGAGUCUGCCCCAGAGUGGGCCGAAACCAUCAACAACACUCAGAUCGACAUUGGCUCCGAACAUACCAUGCGCUGCGUGGCAUCGGGGAAGCCCUUUCCUUUCAUCCGCUGGUACAAAGAUGGAUAUAUGUAUGGCAAAGGUGAGCUGAAGUUCUCCAGUCUGACCUUUGACGACUCUGGGAUGUACCAGUGUAUUGCUGAGAAUUUCUGGGGCAUCAAAUAUGCCAACGCCGAGCUGCGUGUCAUCGCCUGUGCUCCUACAUUUGAGUUGAACCCUGUAAAGAAGCAGCUGCUUGGAGCAAGAGACGGACGUGUGGUGAUCGAGUGCAAACCCCGAGCCGCUCCGAGACCCCGGUUCACCUGGACUAAGGACAAGGAGCUACUCUUCAACAAUUCACGCAUUUCGAUCAUGUAUGAUGGGACUCUGGAGAUCCUUAAUGCCACCAGCAAUGAUGAGGGCAUCUACACCUGCUCUGCUGAGAAUGACAGAGGGAAGGCCCAAAGCUCGGGUUAUCUCACCAUUACAGAUCCGACCAGCCUCACUGUGCCUCCUGAGGACACUGAGGCUAAGGUUGGGGAUGAGGUCACCCUGAUGUGCGCUGCUUCAUUUGACCCCAUGCUGGACAUCACCUUCAUCUGGGCCAUCGACUUCAGAGUCAUUGACUUUGACUCUGAGUGGCAACACUACGAGCGUGUCAUGAGUGAAGAUGGCAGAGGUGACCUUAGAAUAAAGAAUGUCCAGAUUUGGCACGAGGGUCGGUACACCUGCACAGCUCAGACUGUGGUGGACAAUGAUUCAGCAUACGCUGACCUCAAGGUUGUAGGUGUUCCUGGGCCUCCUGGUGUGAUCCGGGUGGAGGAGAUCGGGGACACAUGGGUGAAGCUCUUGUGGAGUAAAGGAGCGGAUCACAAUAGUCCCAUUCUCCACUACACCGUUCAGACCAGGCAUUACUGGGCUCUGUAUGAGGAUGACUGGAGGGAUGCCAGCACCUCUCCAGCUGUUGUUGACGGCAGUUUGGAGAGAGUAGAAGUGACAGACCUGUAUCCCUGGAUGGAGUAUCAAUUCAGGAUCAUUGCCACCAACGAGUAUGGUUCCGGAGAGGCCAGCAUCCCCUCCCUCAAGAUCAAGACCUGGGAUGCUCCUCCAGUGGUGUCACCCACUGAUGUAGCUGGAUACGGAGGUAGAAAUGGGGAGAUUGUCAUCACAUGGACACCUGUGCAGCCAUGGUAUUUCUCCGGCAAGAAGUUUGGUUACAUUGUCGCGUUCAAGCCCCAUGAUGCGUACGAGUGGUUGUACAAGACCAUCUCCGACCCUGAGACGAGGCGUUAUGUUCACAGAGACAGCUAUUUCAUUCCGACUGAGGAAGACUUCCAGGUGCGAGAGUUCCAGGUGAAAAUCAAGUCUUUUAAUGUGAAAGGAGACGGACCAUACAGCCUUACCCAGGUCAUCUACUAUCCACGAGAUGUGCCUAUAGAGCCUCCAACAGAUGUAUAUGCAAGGCCAGUGUCCUCCACUGAGGCUCUGGUGUGGUGGUUGCCUGUGGUUGACACUGGAACAGGCCUGCAGCAGUACAUUGAGGGAUACCAGGUCAAAUACUGGAGAAAGUACGACGACCCAGAGCCGGGAGCCCAUCGCAUAUUUGUUCCAGCCACCGCCAAUCAGACCAGGCUGGAAAACAUGCUGCCUGACUCGCACUACCUCAUCGAGGUCCGUGGAUUCAACGGCGCCGGCCUUGGACCACCGGGCGAACACUGCGAGAUGUUCACGAAGAGACCACCGCCUCCAGACCCUCCCAGAAUGUGGCGCUAUAUCUCCUGGACGGGAAAAUGGCUGUAUGUGUGGUGGGACCACAUCCAGUACGACUGGUUUGGCAAUAUUUCCUUCCCGCUCUACUACAAGGUCAUGUUCAGAAAGACGGGCUACAUCUAUGGCAAAGUCUACAUCACUGGCUGGCACUUCAUGGAUUUCCCCAUGCCUCAGGUUGCCGACUAUGAGCUGAUGGUGCGCGGCCGUUAUGAAGGAGGAGACGGACCAAUCAGGAAGAUUAGCAUUAAGGGUAAGGCGUCCAUGAUCACGCCAAAUCUGAGCCUGGUGUCUUUGGUGCUGCUGGCGCUGUGCAUUGUGGGAUUGCAAGGUUGAGCUGUCUGCCAUAAGUGACGUGUAUAUAAAAGACUCUGGGUAGCACAUCAUAAGCGAGCCAGUCUUCACCUCCGCACUCUCUUCACAUGUUUAAAAGCCUUCAUUAUAAGCAUCUGUCAUGCCACAGAUAUGACAUUAAUUACAGUUUUUAUAACCUUUUUCCUGUAUUAGAACUGGUGGUAUAACGUGGCUUAUUCUAUCUACUUUAGUAUAGGAAUAAAAAUACAUCUGCAAAUGUAAUUUUUAAGUUGUCAAGUGUAUUUUUUUUUAAAUAAAUUCUUAUGCUUCCUUGCUGUUUGCAGUUUAAAUGAGCUGGACAGACAAUAUUAAAGCAGAAGAACUUUUUAUUUUUUAUUUUUAGCAAGCACUAUUAAUCUGUCAACAGCUAACAGUAUAAAAAGAUCAGUAUUGUAAUCGCUGCAUUUGGUUUGAGGAAUAAGAGCUUGUAAUUUUGUUGUGUGUGUGUGUACAAUUUUUUCUCUCCCUGUUUGUUUAUUUUAAAGUUGUUGUUUUUUUUAUUCAUUCUCACAUUUUCAAUGGUGUUAGCUUACAGGUAAAGAGUACAAUCACUAGAAUAAUGUGUGUAGAAAAUGUUUUUAUUCUUGCGGUGGAAAGAAAACGCAUCACUUUGGAAAGUUUUGUGUCGCCAAUGUUUUAACACGACAUCUGUACAUACCAUGCAACAUCACGAUGUUAUUUUUUGUCUUUUUGCCGAGCUGCAGAACAUUAAACAGAGGACACACAUCUGUGUCGUCUUGA